GGGCGGGGAUGGUGGGCGGGGCGAGUGCUCCUGUCUGCAAAUCUCCGCGCUGCGGUGAGCCGGCUGAGUCCAGGCGCCCGAACCCUCACCGCGGCGGCGCUCGCGCUGGGGUAGCUACUCCAGGCACGCUUUGUGGCCGCUGUCCCCCUGUCGCGGCGAGCGCCUCCGGCUGGGGCGCAGGAGGAGGGGGCGCGCUCCCAAGACCCCCGCCGCCCUCCCCCAGCCCGGGGGAAGAAUGUGUCACCAGCUGUUCUCCGCUCGCGAGCGCUGCGCGCAGAAGUAAGGAACUUGGAGGCAGGGAGACAAAGGCUGCAGUUGGGACGGAUGAGUUAGAGACUUGGGUUUGGGCAAACAAAAGGUGCGAAAGACGAGAAGGGGGUAAGGCGAUGGCAGCCGGGGAGCCCCGCGGGCUCGGGUUCCUGGGAAUCGCGCCGUGACACGCAUGGUUUCCCCGGACCGUCUGCUGGGCUGACUUCCGCGAGCCGGACGCGGGACUCGGGCAAGUUGGGGAGCGCCCUGGAACAAUGGACAACUUCUUCCCCGAGGGGACACGGGUCUGGCUGAGAGAAAAUGGCCAGCAUUUUCCGAGUACUGUCAAUUCCUGCGCAGAGGGCGUCGUCGUCUUCCGGACAGACUAUGGUCAGGUGUUCACUUACAAGCAGAGCACAAUUACCCACCAGAAGGUCACCGCCAUGCACCCCGUGAGCGAAGAGGGCGUCGAUGACAUGGCCACCUUGACGGAGCUCCACGGGGGCUCCAUCAUGCACAACUUGUACCGGCGAUAUAAGAGAAAUCAAAUAUACACCUACAUCGGCUCCAUCAUUGCCUCCGUGAACCCCUACAAGACCAUCGCUGGCCUGUAUGAGCGUGCCACCAUGGAGUGCUACAGCAAAUGCCACCUGGGGGAGCUGCCCCCCCACGUCUUCGCCGUCGCCAACGAGUGCUACCGCUGCCUGUGGAAGCGUCACGACAACCAGUGUGUCCUCAUCAGCGGCGAAAGUGGGGCAGGGAAAACCGAAAGCACCAAAUUGAUCCUCAAGUUUUUAUCGGUCAUCAGUCAACAGUCUUUGGAACUAUCCUUAAAAGAGAAGACAUCCUGUGUCGAACAAGCUAUCCUCGAAAGCAGCCCCAUCAUGGAAGCUUUCGGCAACGCGAAGACCGUGUACAACAACAACUCCAGUCGCUUUGGGAAGUUUGUUCAGCUGAACAUCUGCCAGAAGGGGAAUAUUCAGGGCGGGAGAAUUGUAGAUUGUAUCCUGUUUCUUAACCGAGUAGUAAGGCAAAACCCCGGGGAAAGGAAUUAUCACAUAUUCUAUGCACUGCUGGCAGGGCUAGAACAUGAACAGAGAGAAGAAUUUUAUUUAUCUGUGCCAGAAAACUACCACUACUUGAGUCAGUCUGGAUGUGUAGAAGACAAGACAAUCAGUGACCAGGAAUCCUUUAGGGAAGUGAUUACGGCAAUGGAAGUCAUGCAGUUCAGCAAGGAAGAAGUUCGGGAAAUUUUGAGGUUGCUUGCUGGUGUAUUACAUCUUGGGAACAUAGAAUUUAUCACAGCUGGUGGGGCCCAGGUGUCCUUCAAAACGGCCUUGGGCAGGUCUGCAGAGUUACUGGGGCUGGACUCAGCACAGCUCACGGAUGCUCUGACGCAGAGGUCCAUGUUCCUCAGGGGGGAGGAGAUCCUUACGCCUCUCACCGUUCAACAGGCAGAAGACAGCAGAGACUCCUUGGCCAUGGCACUUUAUGCACGCUGCUUCGAGUGGGUGAUUAAGAAGAUUAACAGUAGGAUCAAAGGCAAAGAUGACUUUAAAUCUAUUGGCAUCCUUGACAUCUUUGGAUUUGAAAACUUCGAGGUUAAUCACUUUGAGCAGUUCAAUAUAAACUAUGCAAAUGAGAAACUUCAGGAAUAUUUCAACAAGCAUAUUUUUUCUCUGGAACAACUAGAAUAUAGCAGGGAAGGAUUGGUGUGGGAAGAUAUUGACUGGAUAGACAAUGGAGAAUGCCUGGACCUGAUUGAGAAGAAACUCGGUCUCCUGGCUCUUAUCAAUGAAGAAAGCCAUUUUCCUCAAGCCACAGACAGCACCUUAUUGGAGAAGUUACACAAUCAACACGCUAAUAACCACUUUUACGUGAAGCCUAGAGUUGCAGUGAACAAUUUUGGAGUGAAGCACUACGCUGGAGAGGUGCAGUAUGACGUCCGGGGCAUCUUGGAGAAGAACAGAGAUACCUUCAGAGAUGAUCUUCUCAACUUGCUCCGAGAAAGCCGAUUCGACUUCAUCUAUGACCUGUUUGAACACGUUUCAAGCCGCAAUAACCAGGAUACCUUGAAAUGUGGAAGCAAACAUCGACGGCCCACAGUGAGCUCACAGUUCAAGGACUCCCUGCAUUCCUUAAUGGCAACGCUAAGCUGCUCUAAUCCUUUCUUUGUUCGCUGUAUCAAGCCAAACACGCAGAAGAUGCCAGACCAGUUUGACCAGGCGGUUGUGCUAAACCAGCUGCGAUACUCGGGGAUGCUGGAGACGGUGAGGAUCCGGAAAGCCGGGUAUGCGGUCCGAAGGCCCUUCCAGGACUUUUACAAAAGGUAUAAAGUGCUGAUGAGGAACGUGGCUGUGCCCGAGGACAUCCGGGGGAAGUGCACGGCCCUGCUGCAGCUCUACGAUUCGUCCAACAGCGAGUGGCAGCUGGGGAAGACCAAGGUCUUCCUCCGAGAAUCCCUGGAGCAAAAACUGGAGAAGCGGCGGGAGGAGGAAGUUACGAGGGCAGCCAUGGUGAUCCGGGCCCACAUCUUGGGCUACUUAGCACGGAAGCAAUACAGAAAGGUCCUUUAUUGCGUGGUGACCAUACAGAAGAAUUACAGAGCGUUCCUUCUGAGGAAGAGAUUUUUGCACCUGAAAAAAGCAGCCAUAGUUUUGCAGAAGCAACUCCGAGGUCAGAUCGCUCGGAGAGUUUACAGACAGCUGCUGGCGGAAAAACGGGAGGAGGAAGAAAAGAGGAAACGGGAGGAAGAGGAACAGAGGAAACGGGAGGAAGAGGAGAGAGAAAGAGAGAGGGCUCGAAGAGAAGCUGAGCUCCGCGCCCAACAGGAGGAAGCCGCGAGGAAGCAGCAAGAACUGGAAGCCUUGCAGAAGAGUCAAAGGGAGGCCGAGCUGCGCCGUGACCUGGAGAAGCAGAAGGAAAACAAGCAGGUGGAGGAGAUCCUCCGGCUGGAGAAGGAGAUCGAGGACCUGCAGCGCAUGAAGGAGCGGCAGGAGCUGUCCUUGACCGAGGCCUCCCUGCAGAAGCUGCAGCAGCUGCGGGACCAGGAGCUCAAGAGGCUGGAGGACGAGGCGUGCCGGGCGGCGCAGGAGUUCCUGGAGUCGCUCAACUUCGACGAGAUCGACGAGUGCGUCCGCAACAUCGAGCGCUCCCUGUCGGUGGGCAGCGAGUUCUCGGGCGAGCCGGCGGCGCCCGCGGAGAGCGCGUGCGCAGAGAAGCCCAGCUUCAACUUCAGCCAGCCCUACCCGGAGGAGGAGGUGGACGAGGGCUUCGAGGCGGACGACGACGCCUUCAAGGAUUCGCCCAACCCCAGCGAGCGCGGCCACUCGGACCAGCGGACCAGCGGCAUCCGCACCAGCGACGAGUCCUCGGAGGAGGACCCCUACAUGAACGACACGGUGGUGCCCACGAGCCCCAGCGCGGACAGCACGGUGCUCCUCGCCCCGUCGGAGCGCGGCUCGUCCGGAGGGGAGCCCACCUACUGCUUGCCCCAGAACGGCGGGGGCCUCCCCUCCCCGGACGGCGACUACGACUACGACCAGGAUGACUACGAGGACGGCGCCAUCACCUCGGGCAGCAGCGUGACCUUCUCCAACUCGUACGGCAGCCAGUGGUCCCCGGACUACCGGUGCUCCGUGGGCACCUACAACAGCUCCGGGGCCUACCGCUUUAGCUCGGAAGGGGCGCAGUCCUCGUUUGAAGAUAGCGAAGAGGACUUUGAUUCUCGGUUUGAUACAGACGAUGAACUUUCUUACCGGCGGGACUCUGUGUAUAGCUGUGUCACCCUGCCUUACUUCCACAGCUUUCUGUACAUGAAAGGUGGCUUAAUGAACUCCUGGAAACGUCGCUGGUGCGUGCUCAAGGACGAAACCUUCCUGUGGUUCCGCUCUAAGCAGGAGGCCCUCAAGCAAGGCUGGCUCCACAAAAAAGGCGGCGGCUCCUCGACACUGUCCAGGAGGAACUGGAAGAAGCGCUGGUUUGUCCUCCGCCAGUCCAAGCUGAUGUACUUUGAAAACGACAGUGAGGAGAAGCUCAAGGGCACCUUGGAAGUCCGCACGGCAAAAGAGAUCAUAGAUAACACCAGCAAAGAGAACGGGAUUGACAUCAUCAUGGCCGAUAGGACCUUCCACCUGAUUGCAGAAUCCCCCGAAGAUGCCAGCCAGUGGUUCAGCGUGCUGAGUCAGGUCCACGCGUCCACGGACCAGGAGAUCCGGGAGAUGCACGAUGAGCAGGCGAACCCACAAAACGCCGUGGGCACUUUGGACGUGGGGAUGAUAGACUCCGUGUGCGCCUCUGACAGCCCCGAGAGACCCAAUUCGUUUGUGAUCAUCACGGCCAACCGGGUGCUGCACUGCAACGCUGAUACACCGGAGGAGAUGCAUCAUUGGAUAACGCUGCUGCAGAGGUCCAAGGGGGACACAAGAGUGGAGGGCCAGGAAUUCAUCGUGAGAGGGUGGCUGCACAAAGAAGUAAAGAACAGUCCAAAGAUGUCUUCGUUAAAACUAAAAAAACGGUGGUUUGUGCUUACCCACAAUUCCUUGGAUUACUACAAGAGCUCAGAGAAGAAUGCUCUGAAAUUGGGCACGUUGGUCCUCAAUAGCCUGUGCUCGGUGGUGCCUCCGGACGAGAAGAUCUUCAAAGACACAGGCUACUGGAAUGUCACCGUGUACGGCCGCAAGCACUGCUACCGUCUCUACACCAAGCUGCUCAACGAGGCCACCAGGUGGUCCAGCGCCAUUCAAAAUGUGACAGACGCCAAGGCCCCGAUCGACACUCCCACCCAGCAGCUGAUUCAAGACAUCAAGGAGAACUGCCUGAACUCGGAUGUGGUGGAGCAGAUCUACAAACGGAACCCCAUCCUCCGUCACACACACCACCCCCUGCACUCGCCGCUCCUGCCCCUGCCCUACGGAGACAUCAACCUGAACCUGCUCAAAGACAAAGGCUACACCACCCUUCAGGAUGAAGCCAUCAAGAUCUUCAAUUCCCUCCAGCAACUGGAGUCCAUGUCCGACCCCAUUCCCAUCAUCCAGGGCAUCCUGCAGACCGGGCAUGACCUCCGACCUCUGCGAGACGAGCUGUACUGCCAGCUCAUCAAACAGACCAACAAGGUGCCCCAUCCGGGCAGCGUGGGCAACCUGUGCAGCUGGCAGAUCCUGACGUGCUUAAGCUGCACCUUCUUGCCGAGCCGGGGCAUCCUCAAGUACCUGCGGUUCCAUCUGAGAAGGAUACGGGAGCAGUUUCCAGGAACCGAGAUGGAAAAAUACUCCCUCUUCAUUUAUGAAUCUCUCAAGAAAACCAAAUGCAGAGAGUUUGUGCCUUCCCGAGAUGAGAUCGAAGCACUGAUCCACAGGCAGGAGAUGACGUCCACGGUGCACUGCCACGGCGGAGGCUCCUGCAAGAUCACCAUCAACUCCCACACCACGGCCGGGGAGGUGGUGGAGAAGCUGAUCAGAGGCCUCGCCAUGGAGGACAGCAGGAACAUGUUCGCCUUGUUUGAGUACAACGGAAAUGUGGAUAAAGCCAUUGAAAGCCGAACCAUCGUAGCUGACGUGUUAGCAAAGUUUGAAAAGCUGGCUGCCACAUCGGAGGUGGGGGACCGACCCUGGAAAUUCUACUUCAAACUCUACUGCUUCUUGGACACAGACAAUGUGCCAGAAGACAGUGUGGAAUUCGCGUUUAUGUUUGAACAGGCACACGAAGCUGUUAUCCGUGGCCACUACCCGGCCCCCGAAGAGAACCUCCAGGUUCUUGCUGCCCUGCGGCUCCAAUACCUGCAGGGGGAUUACUCCCUGCAUGCCUCCGUGCCGCCCCUCGAGGACGUCUACUCCGUGCAGAGGCUGAAGGCCCGCAUCAGCCAGUCGACCAAAAGCUUCACCCCAUGUGAGCGGCUGGAGAAGAGGCGGACGAGCUUCCUGGAGGGGACGCUGAGGCGGAGCUUCCGGACGGGGUCUGUCGUCCGACAGAAGGUCGAGGAAGAGCAGUUGCUGGACAUGUGGAUCAAGGAGGAAGUCUCCUCGGCUCGGGCCAGCAUCAUUGACAAAUGGAAGAAAUUGCAGGGAAUGGGCCAGGAGCAGGCCAUGGCCAAGUACAUGGCCUUGAUCAAGGAGUGGCCAGGCUAUGGGUCGACGCUCUUUGAUGUGGAGUGCAAGGAAGGCGGCUUCCCCCAGGACCUCUGGUUGGGCGUCAGCGCGGACGCUGUCUCUGUCUACAAGCGUGGGGAGGGAAGACCGUUAGAGGCCUUCCAGUACGAGCACAUCCUCUCGUUUGGGGCGCCUCUGGCAAACACGUACAAGAUCGUGGUUGACGAGAGGGAACUGCUCUUUGAAACCAGUGAGGUGGUCGAUGUGGCCAAGCUCAUGAAAGCCUACAUCAGCAUGAUCGUGAAGAAACGCUACAGCGCGUCGCGCUCCGUGAGCAGCCAGGGCAGCUCCAGGUGAAGGCGGGAGGGAGUCGGCGUGUCUUCAGCGUCCGGAUGGGCCACCCUCUGGCCUCGGCCGGCUAGGGCAGAGCUGCCCCCGCUUCCGGAAGCCCCUCGUCGGAGGGAGGCGUCUCCCAGGGUCCUUUCGCCCCGUCGACGUCUGCGAUCCCGUAUUAAGCUGUCAACCUUAACAGUCCGUCCAGUUUCGAAAGCUUUACUACUCUUAGAUGACACAUGCCUUAAGACAGAGAGGAAAAAAGCCCCCACGCUGCCACCAAAGCAGCCAGAAGUGCCUUAACGUGUGGAACCAACACUAAUUGACCUUAACUGUGCUACUGAAGGGAAAUGCCCCCCCAGCCCCUGUUUGGGGGGAGACUUACAAAGCUUGGUGGGGGGUGUUCAUCUAUCAAUUCUGCACUAACCUCCCAGCCUGAUUUCCCUACUUGGAGGGAAGGUGAGGGGGUCGGGAGGGGGGACAGAGGGAGCACAAGGGGACAGGAUAUUUUAGUUGGAGUGCUGCUGGCAGCCUUCCUCAUGGACAUAUAUUAACUUCUUUUUGUUUGUUUCAUCUUUUAAGUCUGUGUGCCUGCCUGUGCGCCCAUGUGUUCAUAAACUCAUCACUUUAAUCACUGUCUCAUGAGCAUUAAAAGCAAAGGGAAAAAGGAUGUGCAAUGGUGUAAACAGUCUGUAUAUUUUAAUAGUUCAGAGUUCUAGUCUUCAGUCGUUACUUUAUGAGGUGGUUUUAUUAACACACCAGAAUCCUGGGUUUUCCUGUCUUUGCUGUAUUUCGAAAACCACAUUUUUGACCCCGUUCUGUUUUACGUGUAGCAAAAGUCUGCACUCUGCAUCUGCUGUAUUAUAAACAGAUAUGCAGCCUAUACAAAUAAUUGUAUUUAUAAACCACUCUUCAACAGCUGGCUCCAGUGCUGUUUUUAGAACGAUAUGAAGUCAUUUUUUGAGUCUUUAGUUCCUAAAAAAAUUUAAGUUAAGAAAAAGUUUUCUUUGAAGGUUAGUCUCGAUCGCUCCGGGUAGAUUACCAAAUACCACGAUGGAUAUGGCGGCAAGAUGCCGCGUUCCCGAAGGGUGUAAUGCAUGAGCGAGUCUUGUAAAGGACCCUGACAGUAUAAAUGCUGAGGCUUUAAUAUAAUACGUCUUCUCCCAAGUUUAUAAUGAUAGUCUGACCAGGUGCCUGUAAAUAAAUCAGUGUUUAUGACCAGAAAAAAAAAUAAUCUGGUCUCGGACUUUUAUUUUUAUAUAGAAGAGUUGUAAAGACUUAGGCCAACUAAGUCUACCCACAAAGAAAGAAAAAAAAAAAUUGCCUUAUCCCUCCGGGACAGCUAUGCGAAAUCAUGGUCUGUUGGCUCAAAGAAAGUCUGACAAUAAAAGAUAUUAGCUAUCA